AUGCUUGAAAUACGAGCAGGAAUUAGAUUCACACGAAGUCGGAAGCAUCUGCCUAGCACAGCCACUCACCCACCAGCAAGUGUUCCAUUGCGGUCAUAUAUCCAGCACCAAGAAGGGAGUCAGAACAAACAAGCAGAUUUCAACUCCUGUAAAAUGAACCGAUCAACUGAGCUUGAGUUUUUGGACCUCCACCCGUUCGUGCGCCAGACGGCUCUGGAUCGGGUGCGCGGCACGAUCUUUGGCGGUGCGUUAGGCGAUGCAAUUGGAUUGUAUACUGAGUUCCUAUCAAGAGAUCUGUGUCUAGCAGCAUACCCCGAAGGAAAGUUUCAGUUGGUUGAGCCCGCCACGGAGCUCCAUAAUGAUGGACAUCGAAACAAGUUUGUACAGACCGGCUGGACGGAUGACACAGACCAUGCCCUCCUUAUUAUGUUAUCAUACCUUCACAGCAAUGGCCAAAGCCUAGAUCCAUCCGACCUUGCUCAUCGUUUGCAGUUCUGGUGUGAGCAAGGUCUUCGCUGUUUAGAUAGGCCACCACUAGGCCUAGGCCGGACGGUGGGAAGGGUUGUCUGCGACCCAAGUUUUCGGGAAGACGCUGCAGCAACGGCUCACCGUCACUGGAAAAACUCAAACUAUACUGCUGCACCGAAUGGAUCUUUGAUGAGGACCUAUCCACUGGGCGUUAUAUGCCUCGGCAAGAAAUUGGACGAGACAUUUCAGAUUGCCACUGAUUUCUCCCGCAUCACACAUGCUGACCCACGCUGUAUCGUGUCUUGCUGUUUAGCCACUGUACUUAUUAGGGGCAUUGUCAGAAGUGAUGUACAGAACGAAAAGGAUAUCGAUGCGCUGAUAGAAUCGUCCCUCUCGUGGAUCCAGGGUUAUAUUAUAAAGCAAACUCACACGCAGGAUGCAGAGGAGCCAUCGGAUAAUUAUCCUCCAUUUGAUAGCGAUGAAUUCUACCGACAUGUACGGGCAGAAACGCUGGAGGAGCUGCAGCUCGACGACGCUUUGAAAAUGGGAUACGUUUACAAAUCUCUCGGGGCAGGUAUUUUGCUCUUACGACUCGCAUUACGCCGCAUAGACUCCCAGGGCUUUCUAGAGAAUUUAUUUGAGGAACUUAUAACCUCGCUGGUUAUGCAAGGUGGGGACGCAGAUACCAAUGCGUCCGUUGCUGGGCCUUUGCUAGGGGCUUUGUUCGGCUUCAAUAUGCUCCCCGGGAAAUGGAAAUAUGGCAUGAUGCACGCUGGGUGGUUAUUCCAGAAAUGCAAUUCUCUAGCAUCCGUAUCGGGUAUCUACCUUCCCCCAUCGCCGUACAACGGGCAAGCAGAUUCGGAUACUGGUGUAGAGGGCGGAAAGCCUCCGUUGACAAAAGAAGAGUUAUAUCAACGAGAACGCGAGUUUGUCGAACAAUACUUUAAUAAAUCCCAGAAAAGGGCAAAUGAGAAUAAAACGUACACCGGAUGGGUGGGUAAACUGUUGGGGAAAUGAAUUAAGAGUAGCAGAGCAGCUUUCGGUUUUCCUU